UCUAUAGGUUUUUUAAUUAUUAGUCCUAAUUUAAUUAGAAUUUUAUUAGGUUGAGAUGGUUUAGGUUUAGUUUCUUAUUGUUUAGCUAUUUAUUAUCAAAAUGUAAAAUCUUAUAGUGCUGGUAUAUUAACUGCACUUUCUAAUCGUAUUGGUGAUGUUGCUAUUUUAAUUUCUAUUGCAUGAAUGUUAAAUUUUGGUGGUUGAAAUUAUAUUUAUUAUUAUGAUUUUAUUUCUAAUUCUUUUGAAAUAAAGCUCAUUACUAUAUUAAUUGUUUUAGCAGCUAUAACUAAGAGAGCUCAGAUUCCUUUCUCUUCAUGACUUCCUGCUGCUAUAGCAGCUCCUACUCCUGUUUCUGCUUUAGUUCAUUCUUCUACUCUUGUUACUGCUGGUGUUUAUUUAUUAAUUCGUUUUAGACCAAUAUUGGAUACUUAUAAUUGUGGUUGAUUUUUACUUUUAAUUGGUUGUAUAACUAUAUUUAUGGCUGGAUUGGGCGCUAAUUUUGAGUUUGAUUUAAAGAAGAUUAUUGCUCUUUCUACUUUAAGACAACUUGGUUUAAUAAUAAGAAUUUUGGCUAUAGGUUAUCCAAAGCUUGCAUUUUUUCAUUUAUUGGCUCAUGCUUUAUUUAAGGCAUUAUUAUUUAUAUGUGCAGGUUCAAUAAUUCAUAAUUUGAAGGAUUCUCAGGAUAUUCGUUUUAUAGGAUCAAUUGUUAAUUUCAUACCUUUAACUUCAGUUUGUUUUAAUGUUUCUAGUUUAUCUUUGUGUGGAAUACCUUUUUUAGCGGGAUUUUAUUCAAAGGAUUUAAUUCUUGAGAUGGUUUGUUUAAGAUGAAUUAAUUGUUUAAUUUUUUUUUUUAUUUUUUUUCUACUGGUUUAACUGCUUCUUAUUCUUUUCGUUUGUUUUAUUAUUCAAUAUCUGGUGAUAAUAAUUUUUAUUCUAGAUUUUCUUUUGAUGAUAAGGGUUAUUAUAUUUCAUUUGGAAUAAUUGGUCUAUUGUUUGUUGCUGUUUUUGGUGGUAGUCUUUUAUCUUGAUUAAUUUUUCCUAUUCCUCAUGUGAUUGCUUUACCUUAUUAUUUAAAGUUUUUAACUAUUACUGUUGUUAUUUUAGGUGCUUAUUUAGGUUAUCUUAUUUCUAAUUUUGAUUUUUCUCAUAAUUUAUUUUCUUUAAGUAUACUUUCUUUUGUUAGAUUUGCUGGUUCUAUAUGAUUUAUACCUUUUCUUUCAACUAAGUUUAUUAGAUAUAUUCCUUUAAAAAUAGGUUAUUAUUCAUCUAAGUCAUUUGAUUAUGGUUGAGGUGAAUUACUUGGUGGUCAAGGUUUAUAUAGAUUAUUCAUUUAUUUAAUUGGUUAUAUUCAAGGUUGAUAUGAUUCUAAUUUCAAGAUUUAUCUUUUAACUUUUAUUUUUUGAAUAUUUAUUUUGGUAAUAUUGUUU